AUGGCUCCCACGGCCUUAGUGGAACAGCCCGUGGCUGACUUGCCUGUUUUCCGCUACGACAACCCAUCCAAAACGAUUUUCCCCGACGGCAUCAAGACUUCAGGACAGACUUACCCUGAAUACGACCAGCUUAAAUCAUACGAGGAGUUUCCUCAAGAAAUCACAGGAGAAACAGUAUGGAAGGCGGAAGAUUACCAGAACAACCCAGAGCGAUGGGUCCAUCGCUUCAGUGAAGAGGAGAUCGCAGAGGUCAGCAAAGCUGCCGAUGACUUUCUGGCGUCUGGCACACCCAUGACGGGCAUCACAAAGGCGAAGUUCCCGCUUCCCAACAUGGCACACUUUCUAGAGCCAAUGCGCAAGGAGAUCCUCAACGGCAAGGGUUUCAUCCUCUUCAAAGGCUUCCCUGUCCAAGAAUGGGGCAACCACAAGAGUGCUGUUGCGUACAUGGGUCUGGGGACAUAUCUCGGAUACUUCGUUUCGCAGAAUGGUCUCGGACACGUCUUGGGCCACGUGAAGGACACCGGUGCCGACCCCACCCAAAUCGACAAAGUCCGAAUCUACCGCACAACCGCCCGUCAAUUCUUCCACGCCGACGACUGCGACAUCGUAGGACUCCUUUGCAUCGCCAAAUCGCUCGAGGGUGGCGAAUCCGAUAUCGUUAGCGUCCACCACGUCUUCAACACCCUGCAGAAAGAGCGUCCAGACGUCGUCAAGACAUUGUGCACACCAAACUGGUACUUCGACCGCAAAGGAGAAGUAUCAGUCGGCCAAGAGCCGUACACCAAACAACCCGUUUUCUAUAUCGAAACGGGCAAGGACGGCCGUGUAUACUGCAAAUGGGACCCAUACUAUGUUAAGUCCCUCACUCGCUUCUCCGACAAGGGUAUCAUCCCAGCACUCUCGCCUGAGCAGGCGGAAGCAGCACAAGUGCUGGAGGACACUUGCAUGCGAUUGUCGUUGCACAUGAUUCUGGAUAUUGGAGAUAUCCAAUUCUUGUCCAAUGCGCAUGUUCUGCACUCGAGGACAGCGUACAAGGACUACCCACCGCCGCACCCAAGACGGCAUCUGAUGCGUUUGUGGCUCGCGACCCCCGAAGAUGAGGGUGGUUGGAGGCUGCCGUUUGCGGACUCGAAGCACAAGAAGAGGGGUGGUGUGCAGGUCAAUGAUACCCCACCGAAGGCUCCAAUCGAUGCCGAGUAG